UACGUAUCUGUUCUUUAAAGAGUGAAUCCCCAUAUAUAGCUCAGUAGUUGAUGGAUCUCCAUUAAUACACCUGCAUUCACAUUUCAGCCUUAAAGAGACAAACAGGGAUUUAGUGCAGAACACCACAGUUUUGCCAAGUCCUUUCAAAACAUCAGUACGCUUCAAAUUACACCAAAAGCCGAGAGAUUCUUCUUGAUUUCCAAAAUGUAUAGGUGGCCUGGAUGCUUUUCUGCCAGCAGCCGCCUACCUUUAGUUUGUGUAUACAUAUAUACGUGUAUAUAUAGCCAAGAGACGGAUUAAUUAGCCGGGUUUGAGCUGAAGGAGGCUGCAGUGACGAGACCAGUGGCGAUUGGCCGCCCGCCUGCCUGGCCCUGCCUUUAUAAUUUCCACACGAGAGCAUCUGGGCUCUUAUACUAACCAACAGCCAGCUUCUCCUGACACAUACACACACACAACACACCGACACCCAGCACUUUUCCCACCAUCUGAUUAACAACCCUGCACACACACACAGUGAUUACUACAGGAAAACAUAAAUACAUACGAAGAGGGUUUAUUAUUUUGACUACUGGAAGCCUUGCUGUGUCUCAGUUCAACUUUUGUUUUUAUUGCUGCUGGGGAAUUGCCGAUCUCAAGGCUUUGCUCUCACUCAAUGAUCCUUUAAAAAAAGAAAGGAAAGGAAAGAAAAAUAUCGCUCCCCCCUUCGAGACGGCUGCUCUGAAAAGGCAGGAAGAGAGCAUCUGAGCAGCAGUUGCCACAGCGUGUUUUGAAAGACAUUUGUUACGUUUCAGAGCGCUGCAGCCUGUUUCCCCUCUGAAGUUGGCUCCAGCCUUAGCAGCCGCAUUGGAUCCCACAGCCUAUUGCGAGACUCCGGUAUACAAUCCGGAUCUCUGCCCCAAUAUGAUCGCGGCCCAGGCCAAGCUGGUGUAUCAUCUGAAUAAAUACUACAACGAGAAAUGCCAAGCCAGGAAAGCCGCCAUCGCCAAAACUAUCCGAGAAGUCUGCAAAGUGGUUUCGGACGUACUAAAGGAAGUGGAGGUGCAGGAGCCCCGUUUCAUCAGCUCUUUGAACGAGAUGGACAACCGCUAUGAGGGCCUGGAGGUCAUUUCUCCCACCGAGUUUGAAGUGGUCCUUUAUCUGAACCAAAUGGGAGUUUUCAACUUCGUGGACGACGGCUCUUUGCCGGGCUGCGCCGUGUUAAAGUUAAGCGAUGGGCGCAAGAGGAGCAUGUCCCUUUGGGUGGAGUUCAUCACGGCUUCUGGUUAUCUUUCUGCUCGCAAAAUCCGGUCCAGAUUUCAGACUCUGGUGGCCCAAGCCGUGGAUAAAUGCAGUUACAGAGAUGUGGUAAAGAUGGUGGCUGACACGAGUGAAGUGAAACUGAGAAUCAGAGAUAGAUAUGUCGUGCAGAUCACUCCAGCUUUUAAAUGCACAGGGAUCUGGCCAAGGAGUGCUGCCCACUGGCCACUUCCCCACAUCCCCUGGCCGGGACCCAACAGGGUAGCAGAGGUCAAAGCUGAAGGAUUCAACCUUUUAUCCAAGGAGUGUCACUCUCUAGCAGGCAAGCAGAGUUCAGCCGAGAGCGAUGCCUGGGUGUUGCAGUUCGCAGAAGCGGAGAACAGACUGCAGAUGGGCGGCUGCAGAAAGAAAUGCCUCUCUAUUCUCAAAACCUUACGGGAUCGUCAUCUGGAACUGCCGGGCCAGCCCCUGAAUAAUUAUCACAUGAAGACUCUGGUUUCAUACGAGUGUGAAAAGCAUCCCCGGGAAUCGGACUGGGACGAGUCUUGUCUGGGCGACCGGCUCAACGGGAUUUUACUGCAACUCAUCUCCUGCCUUCAGUGCAGGAGGUGCCCACAUUACUUCUUGCCCAACUUAGACCUGUUUCAGGGAAAACCUCAUUCAGCCCUGGAAAAUGCAGCCAAACAAACUUGGCGACUGGCUAGGGAAAUACUCACCAACCCGAAAAGUUUGGAAAAACUUUAGAGGACAAUUAAAAUGGGCCUAACUGAUCAGUCUUCUUAUUUUCAGAUAAAGUUUAAACUUCCUGUUCGAAAAGUCAAAUAUUUCCACUUGAGAAUGCUAAUAAUAUUCUCUUUAAAAGGAAUAUUGCUUAGGCUCCUCACACACACUCACAACAGCAAACACUAUGACAUGUCUUCAUCACAGUUUUGAAAUUCCCCCUGAAAAAUGUAUCUUAACACCCGGAAACAAAUUCGGCUGUAAUUUAACAUGAUUGUGACCAUUCUGCCUAGAAACGGCACCAAUGGAUUAUAACAAACCCCAGUAUUUUUGUGUAAAUCCCUCUGUGAGUAAAAGCUAUUUGGAUAUGCCAUCUGAACAAAACCCUAAUGUACAUUUUAAUUUGUAUCAAAUAUUGUGAUCGCACAUUGUCUUUGAAAUUGUGGAUGUUGGUGUUUUGUGAUUUGGUGAACAGAAGUUAAAUUGCCAUUUCGGAUACUUCAGGACAUUUUCUGCUAAAGAAGAUACCAUUUAAAAAGGUAGAUUUUAUCAUGGUACUUUUGUUAAUUGUCUUUUGAAGUGUCUGAACUUAAAAGUUUACAUUUUUCGUUUCAUAUAUAUUGCUUGUUCUAUUUCUAACAUUCCAUAAAUAUACUUGAAAUGUUAUUUAAAUAUAUUCAAAAGAAAUUUGGAUUCUGCUUAUAUAAUAACGCUUGAAUAUUGGAAUUAUAUAUUUGAAAAAUGCACUUGAAAUACACUGGAUAAUGACUUUUUGUGAUUUAGAUUUUAAUUUCUGUUGCUGAUUUUAUUUAAUUACAAGCUAAUAAAUGAAGUAAAAUAAAUAUUGUUAAGCGUUUCAAAACUGGAUCAAGUUUUCUAUUUGAAAAUAUGGCCAAUGUAAUGUUUUGCAAAUCAUAAGGGAGCAGCCCUUUUCCUACCGACUAGUUUUGUAGGAGAAGAAAAUAUUGGUGUAUUAUAUGCACCACAAAUUCGUGUGGUAAUUAACAGAGCAACACUUUCUUCAGGCAUCAGAAAAUAAAUUUACUUUUGAAAGAUUCGCUAUACCAGGUUAAUGUUUCUGCAUGGUUUUGAACAGUACUGAGGAAACAAAACACAGCACUGAAGGAGAGGCUACUGAAUGAGCAAUGAGUUUGAUUCCUGACAAAAAUCAAUAUUUUGGAGCAAGUAGUAAUAAAGAAGAAAGCAAAAUUUACAGGUGAAGAGGUCAAGCCAGUAGCAAUAAAAUGAAGAACAAUAUAACUUCCGACCUACAGAUCCACUAUGGAUGUAACAAGGUUGCAAGUUGCAUCUGUAGAAAUCAACUCCCUGUGUUCAAAGGGCAUUCAAAGAGAAUAGCAUGUGCACAUCCAUAAAACUGUAAGUGAUCACAGACUGUCUGUUCAUACUCCAACAUAUGAUUAUUCAGAACGUAUAUUUCCUUAAAAUAUUUUAAGAUUAAAAUGCAAAAUAAUAU